AGGAGGGAAGAAGGUGCGGUUUCCCAGCGGGUCUGUUGGUGCAACACAGCGGAGGAGGAAGUGGCGCCGCAGUCGGGACGCUGGCGGGGGGAUGCGCCGGCGUUUACUUGCAGUCUCUAGCGCCAUGGAUUUGGACGACGUGCCGGGGGAGCCGGAGGAGUCGGGGUCGUCCGAGGAGCGCGUGGUGCCGGAGCGCCAGCGGCUGUGCGCCGAGUUCGCGGCGAUCACGGGCCGCGGCAGCGGCGUGGCUCAGUGCUUCCUGGCGGAGAACGACUGGCAGAUGGAAAGGGCGCUCAACUCCUACUUUGAGUCGGGCGUGGACGAGGGAGCGUCGGACGCCGGGCCGAGGAUCCCCCCGCCCGCCGCCGUCUGUGUUGACCUGACAAAUGAACCAACAAUUAAUGUCACCAAUACUGGUGUCAAUAUAGAGAAUCAUGUCCAGAAAGAAGAUGACAGUACAUUUUCUUUAAUUACAUGGAAUAUUGAUGGAUUGGAUAUACACAGUUUGCAAGAUCGGGCUAAAAGCGUGUGUGAAUAUUUGGCUUUGUACACUCCAGAUGUGGUAUUUCUUCAAGAAGUGAUUCCACCAUACUACAACUAUCUAAAGAAAAGAGCAACCAGUUACACAAUUAUUUCAGGUAAUGAAGAUGGCUAUUUCACCGUAGUAAUGUUGAAGAAGUCAAGAGUGAAGUUAAUAAGCUAUGAAAUUACACCUUUUCCUACUACUCAGAUGAUGAGAAACCUUUUGUGUGUGCAUGUGACUGUAUGUGGUAAUGAACUUUGCCUUUUGAACUCACACUUCGAGAGCACCAGAAACCAUGCUCGGGAACGGAUGAAUCAGCUAAAAAUGGUGUUAAAGAAAAUGCAAGAAGUCCCAGAGUCAGUUACAGUUAUAUUUGGAGGAGAUACAAAUUUAAGGGACCAUGAAGUUUCUAAAUCAGGUGGCUUACCAGAAAAAAUUUUGGAUGUCUGGGAGUUUUUGGGCAAACCUGAGCAUUGCCGUUAUACUUGGGAUACACAAGCCAACUCUAAUUUGGCGAUAGAGGCCACCUGUAAACUACGGUUUGAUAGAAUAUUUUUCAGACCUGCAGCAGAUGGUUGUCACAUUGUUCCACGGAAUUUGGACCUAAUAGGGUUAGAAAAACUGGACUGUGGUAGAUUUCCUAGUGAUCACUGGGGUCUUCUAUGUGGAUUUGAUGUAAUACUGUGAAUAUUUUUCAGAUGUGUAAAUUUUUAAGUCUGUUGUACAGUUUUCUAUCAGAUUUCUUGCAAAAACUUCAUGUUUUUAAUCUCUUUGGAAAAAUGUGUUGAAUAUCACCUAA